AUGGUUGAUGUUCGACAGUAUGAGCUAUCUCCAACAGAUCUCAUCCCAAACUCGCCGAGACCUUUACUGCACUACAAAAAUGUCCUCGAUAUAAAACCCAGCAGCUCCCAUUGCGACCCAGCCGAGGUCUGGGACAUGUUCAGCCAGAAUGGGUGGGCCGUGCAUUGGAUAUUCCGAUACGGCGAAACACAACUAUCACACUACCACUCCAGAGCACAUGAGUGCAUGGCCGUUCUCUCCGGUACGGCCAAGAUCAGAUUUGGCGUAGCCGACACCUCCGAUGAUCUGUUCGAAAACACACACGGCUCCUCUUGGGAGCAGGGCGGGAUUGAACUGGAAGCGGAAGCCGGCGAUGUUUUUAUCAUUCCUGCUGGUGUGGCGCAUAAGACAUAUGACACGAAGCCUGAAGCAGAGUUCAAGCUCUUAACCCCAGGGAACGGACAUGGUAUUGAGGCUGAUGACCCGAAAAAAGCGUUGGAUGGUAUCCAGCUGACUGGCUAUACCAUGAUGGGAGCUUACAAUGGUGGUGACUGGGAUUUUGUCAAGAGUGGGGGAGACUAUGAGACAGUAUGGGCUGUCGCUAAGCCGAGUCAUGAUCCUGUAUUCGGAGAGUCUGAGCGUGGGCUUUGUAGGACAUGGCGUGGAAGUGAUAUUGCGUCUCCCCAUCUCCGAGCUAUGUUCGGUGCAUAG